UAAUCUUCAGAUUCAAAUCCGCAAACAUAAUCCCGACUUCUUCCUGGCAAGUACGAUCGGAGCCUGAAGUUAUUGCAACACACAGCCGGCAAAGCGUCUCCAUUUCCCAUCCAUUGUCGCGGAUUUUUGCACAAAUCAUGUCCCCCGAUGCCACCGUCCGUCGUUCCAGGAAGCGUUCCAGCCGGUCGUCCCCUGAAGUCAAGAAAGAAAACUCGACGCUUAGCAACACAUCCGACCUUUGCUCAACGUCCCAUCAUUCUACGCGAUCAGUAAAGCGGCGCCAGAGCACCGUGACUGAUCAAUCAAGAAACUCCGCUGCCAGCAAAGAAGAGGAGUGGCCGAAGAAGAGGAAGCAAGUGAAGAAUGCUUGUGUAAACUGCCAAAAGGCUUGCAAGAAAUGUGAGACAGUGCGACCGUGCCCUCGUUGCGUAAAAUACGGCAUCGAGGAUUCAUGCCACGAUUCCUUACGCAAGGAACGCAAGAAAGGGGUCAGCCGUGGACCCUACAAACGCUGCAAGGACGGGGAUGAGGAAGGAACCGACACGACCUCCUUGAAGUCUCCGAGCGAGGCAGGUUAUCGGAAAUCUUCCAACCAUAGGCGACAACGCUCGGAAACAGAGGAGUCAGAAGUCGCUGUUAGGAAACCCCGCCAACGGAAGGGGGUAAGAUCCCAGCAAUACCAGGCCCCGUUAUCGCAAAACGAUUCGUACUCGCAAGACAUAGACGAUGCGGAGUCGCUGGCGACCUCCAACUCGGAUGAUGACAUUGACAAGACGGAGGAUAACUCAUGUAACAUGAGCGACGACGGGGACUCCAUGACUGACGAGUCUUUGAAUGGAAGUUCCACUGUUGCUUCUGCGCCCUCCAUGCAUGGUGAAAGAGAAGGCUGGGAUAAGCUGGACAUCUUGUCCAGCCUAUGCACCGCUCUUCUCGAAAACUGCCAGUCGCACCCGAACUCUCCGGUCAUGAAAUUCGAAGCCUCGCAAGAAUCGUUGGGCUUUGACAACGAGGAGGGCAGAGUAUAUCGUGUCCAAAAAAGAAGAAUGGUUGCACAUGGUAUCAUCGACACCGCCAGGGAUCAGCCUGCCCGUGCGGAACUUUGGAAUAGACGGCUGCCGUCGCCAAUUGUACCCUCUGCUGCCGCUCGACGCCUCAGUAGUGCUGAAUCAUCCUUCCAUCAGCCGUUGGCCAACUACAUUCCUAUGCAUGGUGUGCAAGGGUAUGAGUCCUCAGACUCUGAUGUCGCAAUGGUCAAGCAUGUGCAAGAUGGCCAAAUGAUACACCCUCGCCGAGACUCUGGGUAUUCCAAUUCCCCUCCUCCCGGCUCACAGGAACGUCCCGGCCAUUUAUCAUCACAUCAGCAUACCCACCGGGAAUAUCCGCAGCAAGUUCGGAAAGCAUCGCUCGACGCAUUAUACCAUCCACCACAACAUCGACAUUUGCACAUCACACCGCAUGGAGCGCAAACCGUAAACUCACCAUGGCGCUGGGCGCCCGAGAGUCAUCACAAUGCUUCUGCUCCUGCGUUGAAAUUGGGCAGCCUCGUUCUCGACCACACCGGCCAACCAGGCCGGCAAAGUCACGCGUUCAGUCUUCCGCCUCUUCACGAUGCGUUGGCUAUGGUUCCCUCGGACCUAGAGUGCAGCGUUUGGAAACAGGAAGGACGGUUGCCGUCCGAUUCGUGAUCUUCCAUUCAUUGGGUUUGCUCGCCUGUCGGCGAAGGAGCUUCGGGUAUCUUUCUUCUUUUUGUAUACCAUGUCUGCAUAUAUCCAUCGGUCGCUAUUCAUGCAAUCAUACUUUUGGCCUGAAAUUACCUGCAUCAAUCGUCGCUACCAGUCUUUAGGCCCGUAGCGGUUACAUUGCCAUCGUUCGCAGUACAGUUUUCUGCUUUCCUUUUCAAAGUCAAAAAGUCAAAAUUGAUCGUGAAUUGGCAACUUCCACUAUUGCCCAACGAAAAAGCCUGUACUGAUCUUCUCGUCCAAUUGAUUUUCGAUAUAUC